AUAGCUCUAUAUAAGGCUUCCUAAAUCCUCUCACGAUAUCACAGUUCAAGAGUCACAUUAAUUACUUUCGAGUACCUUAGAGUGAGAGAUAUGGCGGCUAACCAUUGUUCUAAUAUUUGUUUCCUCCUUCUAUUGCUUCUCUCACAUUUUAAUUUGGGCAAAAGCCAACUUCAGCUGAACUACUACUCCCAAAGCUGUCCAAAAGCAGAAGAGAUCAUCAAGCAACAAGUGAUCAAGCUAUAUAACGAGCACGGAAACACCGCAGUUUCAUGGGUUAGGAAUCUCUUCCAUGAUUGCAUAGUCAAGUCAUGUGAUGCAUCGCUACUUUUAACAACCGUGCGCGGGGUUGUGUCGGAGCAGACGUCGGGGAGAAGUUUUGGGAUGAGGAACUUCAAGUUCGUGAACACCAUCAAAGCUGCUGUUGAGGAAGAAUGCCCCUUGACUGUGUCAUGUGCUGACAUUGUUGCUCUUUCAGCUAGAGAUGGCAUUGUCAUGUUGGGAGGUCCAAGUAUUGAGAUGAAGACAGGGCGAAGGGAUAGCAAAGAAAGCUAUGCAACGGUGGUGGAAGAUUUCAUUCCCAACCACAAUGACUCCAUAUCCUUAGUGCUCUCUCGUUUUCAAUCCAUUGGCAUUGAUGUUGAAGCCACAGUCGCUCUUCUAGGAGCACACUCAGUGGGAAGAGUUCACUGUACGAAUAUGGUGCAGAGGCUCUAUCCUGAUGUGGACAAAACGAUGGACCUUGCACAAGCUGAGUACCUGAAACGUCGAUGCCCGACACCAAAUCCCGAUCCAAAAGUUGUCCAAUAUUCGAGGAAUGAUCAGAUAACCCCCAUGAUCAUUGACAACAACUACUACAAGAACAUCUUGCAACACAAGGGCCUUCUCACUGUAGAUGAGGAACUCGCCACUGACCCAAUAACCUCACCGUAUGUCAUAAAAAUGGCGGCGGACAAUGAAUACUUCCACCAACAGUUCUCAAGGGCCAUUAUCUUGUUAUCAGAGAAUAAUCCUAUAACUGGUGACCAAGGAGAAAUCAGAAAGGAUUGUCGCUAUGUCAAUGCCAAUUAAAUAAUAGCAAACCAUUUUGGUGCGCGAAUGCAUGCAUAUAUGCAUGUUUAAACUUUCUUUUAGUCUUAAAAUAUUUCCACAACGAGUAGCUACGUCUCUCACCCCGGUCAAUGUACUAAAUGGUAGAGGCUAGCCAAGUAUGUAUGUUUAAUUUGCAUGCACUAUAUAGUGAACUCAGUCAACUGGGAAUUAAUAUAUAUGGUUUGAUAAA